GUGCCGCGCAGCACCGCACCGUGAAGCAGCACGCUGCCAUCAUCUUGUGCUCAUUUCCAACGAACCUGGCCCGCCCAACACCCGGAUUCUCCGACCCUCAGUAAUUGGCAUUUACAUUUUACAAUUCAAAUGAUAGAAGGGUGGUCUUGAAUCCGUCAAGAUGCCUGCCCCCGGCGACCAGCACAGCGUGAUUGCCAACCCCUUCCAGGAGCAAACAAACCGUGUGUCUCAAUACACGGCGCAAGAGAUUGCGACUCUCCAGAGCAGACUCCAGAAGCAACUGGGCCCCGAGUACAUCUCGUCGCGGCAAGGCCCAUCAGGCCAAAAGGUGCACUACAUCACUGCCGAAAAGUGCAUUGCCCUCGCCAAUGAAGUCUUUGGGUUCAACGGCUGGUCCUCCAGCAUCCAGAACAUCCAGGUCGACUUUGUCGACGAGCACGAGCAGACAUUUAAAAUCAGCCUGGGCCUGUCGGUGGUGGUCCGCGUCACGCUGCGCGAUGGCACCUACCACGAAGACGUUGGCUAUGGCCACAUCGAAAACUGCAAGGGCAAGGCGGCCGCCUUUGAGAAGGCCAAGAAAGAGGGUACCACGGACGCGCUCAAGCGUGCCCUGCGCAACUUUGGCAACGUGCUAGGCAACUGCAUCUACGACAAGGCCUACCUGGCCAAAGUCACCAAGAUGAAGGUCGAUCCCACUAAGUUUGAUACCGACCGCCUGCAUCGCCAUUCAGACUUCGCUAUCAAGAGUGCUCCGCCUGCCAAGGUUGAAAACGUCGCCAAGCCCAACAACAGUGCCGUUCCACCGCCACCGCCACCACCACCACAAUUAAUCUCGGCUGAUUCAUUCGAGGACUUGCUUGGAGAGUUCGAUGAAGCCGACUUCAACAUCGCCGAGGAAGGCCAUCCUGAUGAAGUUGUGUUGACCAACUCCAAUCAAGGAAAUUCAAACUCAAACCAGGCCAUUCCUGGCAACAGAUCUAUAGCCCACGCAGCGAACAAUAACAAUGCGUCUAUGCAGCCCCCGUCCCGGGCCUUGACCAGGUCAACCUCGGCAGGGAACCCUCCUUCGCGAUAUCAGCCUCACACGCCCAACCCUAACCAGCAAUCACCUCAGCCUAACAAUUUCAGGUCUUUCAAUGCCGCGCAAAACAAUGUACCCCAAGGCGGUGCUCCACGGCCUCAGCAGCCUCAGCAGUUCAAUCAGAACAGGCCCCAGCCACCUGUACUACAACAGCAGCAUGGCAACCACCAGAAUGCUCAAGCGCAAAUGACACCGCCUCCGCAACCCGGAGGCCAAAACGGUGGGACUGCUGCACCGCCGGGCGAAGCCGUGGGCUUCUUUUCCGCGCGGGCAGUGAAGGAGCUUCCUGAGGAUACGCUCAACGGCGGACAAGUUGCCCCAAAAGCUGGGCAGGUCUUUAACCCCCACGCCGAGAGUCCCUCGAUCCGCAAGACGCCCGGCAUCGACCAUACCAAGUCAAAGCCACUAUCCAGGACGGGACAACAUGUUCCUCCGUCGGUAAGUGCUGUAGAGGGCGCCAGUGCCGGCUCACCUGGUGUGGGAAUUGCAAUAGCAGGAGGUAGUGCGCCACCUCUAACGCGAUCCGGCCCGCCAAUGGCCAGAGGCAACGUAAUCAACCCGCAGUUCGACCACGCCAGGCGAAUUGGAGCGCCGGGCGCGGCUAGCCCCCUCUCGAACCGCGGCCAGUACCGUCCGCCAACUAUGAAGCGUCCAGCAGUGCCCGUGGGAGCAGGAUCGGGCGCUGCAGGGGAUCUUGGCUUGGGAUCAGGCGUGGCGGCUGCCGGCGGAGCAAGACCGCCGUUAUCGGAUAUCUCGAAUAAUCCACCGUUAGCCAGUGCUGAAGGAGGCAAGGUGGGAAACCCGGAGCCAGAUUCUAAAAGGCAGAGGAUAUCUUGAUCGUGCCAGAUCUAUAUCUGGGACUUGGGAGGCUGCGUGGCGUGCGUAAAGGGUGGCCCUGCCCCGGUGAGAGGGUUUUGG